CCUGCCUCGCGGCCUCCGGCGGACCAGGACCGCGCGGCGACCGCGCCUCCACGUCACGCGCGCCGGAGAGGACCCGCCCCUCACGUACCAUCCGGAGCGCCCGAUGGCGGCGGCCCCGGCCACGCACGCCUACCGCUCUUCGGCUUCGAUAAUUGCAGGCCUAACAGGUGCUCUGCGGGCAGCAUCUACAGGAUCCUGUGCUCAUUUCUGCAAUUUUCAAGCAUUAGUGAACAAUGGACUUCUAUACAGAAGGGAAAAUCCUCUCUCCUUGAGAUGCUCUUUUCGCUCCUUGCAAGCAAGAAAUAACCAUUCAUCAGCCGUUGCACCUAAGGAUUAUUGUGAAACUUACAUCCAGUUUCUAAGAGAUAAACGGAUAGUUCCUGAUUCAGAUCCGCCAAGCUCUAAAGAUGUGGACCUCCUGUAUGAAUUUAUCGACAAGAGUAAAAGGCUCAUGGUGGUAACUGGAGCAGGAAUGAGCACCGAGUCUGGAAUUCCUGAUUACAGGAGUCCUAACGGUGCAUACAGUACUGGUUUUAAACCACUUACUCAUCAGGAGUUUGUUCGGUCUAUUCGAGCUAGGAGACGGUACUGGGCUAGGAGCUAUGCUGGAUGGAGAAGGUUCACAAGAGCACAACCAAAUGCAGCCCAUUAUGCUCUUGCAUCUCUAGAAAGGAUUGGUCGUGUUCACUUGAUGGUUACCCAAAAUGUGGAUAGGUUGCAUCAUCGUGCUGGCAGUAAGCCACUUGAACUGCAUGGGAGCGUAUAUGAGGUAAUUUGUUUAGACUGUGGUACAUCCAUCAGCCGAGAGUCAUUCCAGGAACAAGUGAAGGACCUCAACCCAAAGUGGGCUCAAGCUAUUGAUAGUUUGGAAGUGGGGCAACCGGGUUCAGACAAAAGUUUUGGGAUGCAGCAGCGACCUGAUGGUGAUAUUGAGAUUGAUGAGAAGUUUUGGGAGCAAGAUUUUGAAAUUCCUAACUGCCAUCAAUGUGGUGGAGUGCUAAAACCUGAUGUUGUGAUGUUUGGUGACAAUGUUCCUCAAGAGAGAGCUGAAAGCGCUAAGGAGGCUGCAAGAAAUUGUGAUGCACUUCUGGUGGUUGGUUCGGCACUGAUGACAAUGUCUGCUUUUAGGCUGGCAAGGCUUGCGCACGAAGCAAAUGCUCCAAUAGCCGCGGUUAGCAUUGGGGAGACAAGGGCUGACAGCAUUUUAUCACUGAAAAUCAAUGCAAGAUGUGGGGAGAUAUUGCCCAGAAUACUGCAGAUGGGAAGCCUGACAGUACCAAACGUAAGCUGAGCGUUGCUGUCAAAAUGUCCAAGUUGUAUUCUCACGCGACUAUCGUCGCCCAUAAGCACAACCUCUGGAGAACUCGGUUCGCUGUGAAGAAGACAAGGUGAAACAAGUAACUAGCUGUGAGAUAAUUCAACAUGUCCUAGGAAGGCGAAGGUCACUGACUAUCUCGUUUCAAAAAAAAAAAACUGACUAUCUUGGUUCUGCCUAUGAGCAUUAGUAGCCAAAAAGGGGGAUAUCCAAAUUGACCAUAGGGAACAAAUACAGUAUUCUGGGAUCAUUCCCGCAACCAAUGUUGAAGUCGCCCUGUCUUGUAAAAAGAAAGAAGAAAAGAAUCCAAGGUCAUUAUUAUAUAUUUAUAAUAUUUAAUUGUGGGAUACCUGAUGAGCCAUAA